GUUUCCUAAAGGUUAGCGACUAGCAGAAAGGCAUUUGUGACAUUGCAUGGAGAAAGGCUCUGCGAGAAACUGCGAGAAACUGAAAGUACAGACGUGCAGUUAGGAGUUCACAAGGAUCUUGAACAGGCCAGUUGUAUUUUAUUUCCAACGGUCUGAUUGCGCUUGGGAGACCUUUCCUAUUUGGAACAAGGAUUCAGAGGGCUUGUCCAACUGGCAGGCGUGUGGCUGAUACCCUCAGCUUCUGCGGGCAGUGGCUUGGCAACCUGACAGCAGGACUGUGAGUAGAGAAGCCAGGCAGGCAGUGUGUGCUGGACUCUGACAGCUUUCCUGGGGUUCCACUGAGCCAGGAGGGAGAGAGUCAGGGGAAGCUGGGGUUAUCAUGGUUUGUAGACUUGGCUUCACGUUCUGCUGGAAGGAUAUGUGCUUGUAGUCAGUCAUACUAUAAGCUGUGUUAAUAUUCUCAUUAAUUCGCCUUUUCUUCCUUGUGAGGAGAUAGUUCAUAAAAGGAAAUGUGGCAUGAGGUUGUUUUUUAUGUAUAAAAUUUCCUUUGUAUGAAGCUAUUACUGUGGAACUGCAGAGUAUCUCUCAGUUGCACAAGACCAGGUAACAAAAUCUUCAGCAAAAGGUGAAGGAUACUGCCUGUCUUGCCAGUGAAAUAAUUCCUUAUGUUUUAUUAAGUGUUUCACUGCUUUUUCUUUCUAUUUGGGGUUAGUUGGUGAGCGAAAAAUCCUUGCAAGGAGCAGACACACUAAGAAGUGAAAGCAGGGCACAACGGACAUUUUGAAAAGCUGUUGUGUUAGGGAAAAUGGAUGGAUGGACUGGAUGAUCUUAGGGGUCCUUUCCAACUGUAAUGAUUCUAUGAUUCUUUGAAACCUGGACCUCUGGGUCUUGACAGGGCAGCCAGCAGGGAUUAGCAUCUGCAUGUGGAGUGGGGAGAGAGGGAGAAAGCUGCCUGGAAAUAUCAUCCCACCCUGAUCCCUAGCUUUCCUCCGUGUUUUCCCUCCACCCCCUCAAAUUCCACAUUUGCCCAUCCACAAACUUCAAAUUCUUCUGCUGCAGCAGCAGCAGCUGCACACUGCUGUGUAGAGAGGGGAGAAAGAACAGCUGUGUCCAAAAAAAUGUGCCAGAAUUACUGGAUCCCAUGAAUCUUCUGCAAUGAGGCUUAAGAGAAAAUUAUUUGGGAGGUUUUUUCUAGGAAUAGGUCUGGCUGAAGUUACUGAGAGCUAAGGCUGCAGGGAAAACUUGAGUCCUUCCUCGCUUUUUGUUUUGGCAGUCCAGGGACUGCCAAGACUUUGUUUACGGACCUUUGUACUGUAAACAGCUCUGUAAGGGAGCUUCUCCUGUAAUUAUUUCCCCUAGUUAGCCAACUCUGAAUAUCCAUGAUCCCUGCCAAAGCAUGAAGGGUGUCAGAGCUGGGUAAAUAAUCAUUUCCACCUUCUGUUUGAAUACUGUAUUCAAAUUCUUCAGGCAGAUGUGAGUUACUCAGCCACAGACCCUUGCAAACUCCAUGGCAGGCAGAUGGGCAACUCUUGACAGUGUGUAUGUGCUCUACAAUAGGCAGGAGCAGCGAAGCGAUGAGAUGCAUAGAAAAAUGUUGGCUGAGUCCAAAACUGGGACAUUCAAAGGAUCCUGAAGCACAUCAGCAAGAAAAGUAAUAUCCUCUGAAUCUGAAUUAUUGGUGGCUAACUGUUUCAGCUGCUUUUCUUCGUAGGUGCUGUGUGUCCAGUGUAAAGCAUAGAGCAGAGACUUUGCUGGGCCAAAGAAGAAGCCAGACGUUGGUCAGUUCUUCUGAGCCUGUGGUAUCUUCUGACUCACCCAUCUGUUCCCGAAAUGGAGUAUGGCUGGUAUUGGCUUGAUGAUUCCAAGCAGUGGAUUGAGUAUGGGGAAGAGCACCCAGAUCACUGCCAUGCCACAGUGACAUCUGAAAUUCUGGAGAAGGAAUUUCUAGCUGACAGCAGUGGUAGUGUGGUUUUCAGGGCUGGUUCUCAGAAGUACGUGUUAGACUUUGAAGACAUGGUCCAAAGAAAUUUGGACUAUCAAACUGAAAGAAAAGUUGAACGGCGGCAAAAAUGUCUGUUGUCUGAAGAUCGACCACGUAGAAGACAAAACACGACUCUAUCAAAUUCUGUCUAUCCUCGACAAUGGGACCGGUCUGCAUUGCCUGAUAUUGGGUUUGAGUUGGUAGAGGUCAGUGAGAUUUCCAAAGAAUAUAGAAAAAUUAAGCGUCUAUUUGAGAAGACGAUGAAAGAUUACCUCAUCCACCGACUGCGGAGGAUACAGAACCCAACACUUUGGCAAGUCUUUCAAUGGCAAAAGGAGCAGAUGAAGAAGCUCAAUACAUCAAAAUCAGUGGAUAAGCGACUCUUGUUCCAUGGGACAAAUCCGUCCCACAUGUCUGCCAUCUGUGAACAGAACUUUGACUGGAGGAUCUGUGGGAUUCAUGGGACAAUGUAUGGAAAAGGAAGCUACUUUGCCAGAGAUGCCAGCUACGCCCACCAGUACUGUUCCUCAAACUCUGGUGUAUACAGCAUGUUUGUAGCUCAUGUUCUUGUUGGAGAUUUUGUUCAGGGAAACGCUGAAUACUCUCGCCCUCCACCCAGACAUGGCAAUUCAAACAGACUUUAUGACAGCUGUGUGAAUGAUCCAACAGACCCUUCCAUCUUUGUCAUCUUUGAGAAGCACCAGAUUUAUCCUGCCUAUAUCUUGGAGUACAGCAGUGAGGGCCAAUGUAUGAUCCUGUAACAAAUGGCAGAAGCUCCUUUGAAUUUGCACUGAAAAAAAUUGUGCUUUUGUGCAUCUUUUUUAAUGUUUGUUCAAUUUAAGUAGCAGCUUUAGAACAUUUUGUAAUGUAACAAACUAAUACCAAUCCCCUGACAGAUUUUGGGGCAGAGUUUUUUGAUAGAGGCUAUUCUUUUGCUAGCAGAAAUUGCUAAACUUUAAUUUCCACCUUACCUCUAGCCUGAGAUAAGGAUGUGCCUGCCUUGAGUACCCUGAUGCAGUGACAUUUUCUGCUGCUGAAAGUGGCUCUGCAGGGUAUACAACUAACUUGAUCUGCUGAUACAGUCACUCAGGGAUGACUACUGGCCAUGAUGGUGCUGAUGUGCCAAAGGGGGACUGAAUGGGGUAUGCAAAAGGAGGAAAAGUGAAAGUAAUUAAAUCAUGGUGCACAAAACAGUAGUCACGGCCUGUCCUUCCAGUAAAUGUCAGGAAGCUUCUUCAUUCUGGAGUCUUUGUAAUUAAUGCUGACAACGAACUUUGCUUUGUUUCCUAGUUGCAUCAACUGACAGGUCUUCUCGCGUUGUUCUUCUAUGUUAAGUUUGCCUGUCCCCAUGACACCGUAUUCUCGCUCUGUCCCCACUGGCUUUGGGUCAUGAGAAUCAGGCAUACUGCACCUGCUGAUGUUAGAUCACCACCAUACCAUGAUAUUAACAGCGAAAAAGUCAUAGAAUUGUAGAAUCAUAUAAUCAUUAGGUUGGACAAGACCUCUUAGAUCAUCAAGUCCAGCCAUUUCUAUCAACCACUAAACCACGUCCCUCAGCACCUUGUCUACCUGUCUUUUAAAUAUCCUCAGGGAUGGUGACUCAACCACCUCCCUGGGCAGCCUCUGCUAAUGCCCAAUGACCCUUUCUGUGAAAAUUUUUUUCCUGAUGUCCAGUCUAAACCUCUCCUGGUGCAGCUUGAGGCCAUUCCCCCUUGUCCUGUCCCCUGUCACUUGGGAGAAGAGCCCAGCUCCCUCCUCUCCACAACCUCCUUUCAGGUAGUUGCGCAGAGCUAUAAGGUCUCCCCUCAGCCUCCUCUUCUCCAGGCUAAACAACUCCAGUUCCCUCAGCUGCUCCUUCUAAGUCUUGUUCUCCAGCCCCAUCACCAGCUUCGUCGCUCUUCUCUGGACACGUCCCAGAGCCUCAACGUCCUUCUUGGAGCAAGGGGCCCAGAACUGAACAUGGUAUUCGAGGUGCGGUCUCACCAGUGCUGAGUACAGGGGCACAGUGAACUGAAUAAUGGUGCACAGCAGUGCCCCACCUGGGCUGCAGAGCCAGUGCUUGCAGCAGUGAAGCAAAGCGGCUUUGCGAGGGGUGGCAGCUGGCACAGCCACCUCCCUUCCCAUCCUGCAGACCAAAGCUGAUGGUGGCUAUUUUGAAUUGCUGCUGCCUGGAGAGGUGAUUGAGAAGCAGCUCAGCAGUGUGUGCUCUGUCUGGGAUGGAUAGCGGAAACCUUGGAGAAAAAAACUUUGUGGAUGGUAAGAUACUACUCAGGAUGGAAUAAAAAAAAAAUAAUUAUUUUAUUUUAAAACAGUAUUUCUGUAUAAAUACAAAAUCACCACAGUCAAAAGUGGGUAAAUUUUUUAUGCUAUAAGUGGGUGGAACCAAGAGUAUGGAUGUGUGUAGGAUCUCAUUGGUUCUCCUAAAGUCUGCUAUCUUGAGCCACAACCACUGUUCUUAGAAAACAUCAGAAUUGCAGCAGGCUGCAAUGAGUCCCUGAGCUGCCAAAUUUAGUGCACUUCCAUAUCCCAUCUCUUCUUGCAGUAAGAUAGAGCCUAAAGGUUCUUCUUCUGCAAACUAGUGAUCUAAUCUUGUCAGCCUCAGGUGAGCAGAGAACUUUCUGUGCAUUCAGGAAGCCAUGGUGAAAGACACUUUUUUCCCUGAAUAUAUAACACUUUCUAAUUAAAAUACCCCAAAAUAAAUGGCAACAAGUUAUCUGCCGCACAACUUUCUCAAUAAGGAAAAUAGUUUACAACAGUGAAUUGCUUUUCUCUUCUGUCACUACCACUACACUGGAAAACUACUAUGAUUUUGGAGAGCUGUUUGCUUAGGAUUUAUCAACUGUCUUACAACUGCAUCCUGUGCUUUGCAUAAACAUGGAUCUGGGCAUUAUUUGUACAAAUAAUAACAGAAUUUCUGUUUUAAGUUGUUAAUUUUAUAAGUAAAUGGGGUUAUAUCCAGAUAUUUUUCAAUUUACGGACUUGCUGCCUCACUGUGGCACACGAUGAGUGCCGUGCAAGAGCAGUUUUCACCCUGCAAUUACCUUCUCUUUGCUGCCUCCAAGCUUCAGACUCAUGAGGAUAGGAAGAGACUGAAUAAUGGGCAUGUCCAGCUGUCACUCUGCCUUCAUCCUCGCACCAUUGUGUAAAUAUGCUUCCGGGCUUUGUCAACUUAUGGGGAGGAUUUGAAUGUGGGCAGCCUUUGAGCAGGAUAGGGCCUGGAAGGUGGAGGGUUUGGGAAGAGUUUGGUUAUUAGAGAAAAUGCUCUGUGGAAUGACGCCUUUGUACAAACCGUCUUCUCCACCAUGACAGAAGAAGUCAUCCACCAUGUGGGAGAAAGCUGAUUCCAGCAAGGUGGGCUUUGGAGUGUGAUUGCCAGCCUCCUUGGGGGCAGGAGAAGGUAAGCGAGAGAGAGCAUGCUGAGAGGAAGGCCAGGCACUGAAAAAGGGGUUUUGUUGGUCUCGAAAGAGGAAACCAGACAGAGAGGAGGUUGUACACAAACACGCAGAGCUUGGAAGAAAGAUUUUCCAGGAAGUCGGAACUAUUUCUGACUUCAGGGAGAGUUCACACAACCUUCAGCAAUUAGUGCCUGGGUGUUAUAAUGAAAGGAUCAGGCAGAGGGCUGUUGUGUGCGGCUGUACUGGUGCCCUGUGGCGUGGAAUUGCUGAGGCGUAGCUGUUGUUGGCUUUCUAGGUGUUAAGAAAGCCAGUUCUGAAGCAGAAGAACUCCUUGAGGACCUUGUGCUAUUUAAGGGUCACUCUCUGCAACUCUUAGCUUGUGUCACUCCCAAAAAGAGCAGUUCUACCUCGAGAUGUUUUCACUGCUAUUUUCCCCAUGUCACUGUUAGUGAAUGUACUGGCAUGGGGAGGAUCAGAUGUAAAGCAUUCAUUGCUUGAAAACUGACCUAGCCAAAACCCCCACAAAACAGAAAUCUAAAAUAUGCUGUUCAUCAUGAGUGGUUCCAAGUUCUACUUGUGCCAACACUGACAAAGGAGAAGCUACAUCAUAGAUUUUCAUGGGCAUAAGAUAAUAGCGAGCCUAUGCUUCAAGCACAGCGUUGAACAGUAAAAGACUGGGAGUAUUUCAGUCUGUGAGGCACUCAGAGCAGAAAUCACUAGUAAAAGUGAAAACCAACAUAAACUGUAAAUACUUCUUCAUGGAAGGUUUGUUUGGUAUCACAAAUUUGCUAAAACUGCUUCCAGACCUAAACCACUUGCUACCUCUGGAGUACUUGGGUGCCUGGAGCUGUGAGCAGAAAGCAUCCCUCAGCACCUCAUCCCUCAUAGAAAAGAAAUACUUGCAAACCAUCAGCAACAGCUGCAGGUGUUGGCAGCACUAAGCAUGGAUCUGAUCCAUAGGCUUUUAAUUUAUUUUUUUCCCCUGGGAAAAAACGUUUGAAGAGCUCUCUGCCCUGUUGAGAAAGAUUUAAAUGACUUCUGACUCAGACACAUGGGACUAACAGUUUCAGGGUCCCCAAAACGGUGAUGGAAAAAGUCUGACACAAGGAGCACUUGUGAAUAGUCAAACUGAUUUCUGUGUUAUUUGCUGCCUUCCCUGCCAGCAAAGCUGGUGCAAGCCAGACAGAUGUUGGUGUGGGUUUUUCCUGGAGCCUCUACGGUUCCCCAAGCUCCAUCUGCCCAAGCACAGGGAGGAAGGCUGCCCUCAACAUGAAAUGAAAUGAUCGGUUGGUAUCCUGCCUAAUUACUUCUCUGACUUUUCAGUAUGUUACUCAUUAGGAGGGUGCUGUGGGAGCACUUCGCUGCCACAGGGAGGUUCUUUUGGGGAGAGUGGCAGCUGUAAGAGCCCAGAGGGAGAGGGUUUUUCUGGGAGGCCAGCUGCCUCCCCCAGAGUCCCCAGAUGCAAAGGUGUUAGUUCAAGUGAUCUUUUCAAUGUAAUAAUGCAUUUCUAAUUGAUUUUCUUGUGAUGCUUUUAGGACAUCACAUCCUUCUUUAAUGCUGUUGGUUACACAUUCAUGCAUCUGUUCUAGGCUUUCUAUUAAAUAACAUCUCAGCAAGUUUUCAGGCUUCCAUUUUAUUUACUGGUGCCAAAUUUGACUUUUCAGCAUUUUUAAGUAUGCAUUUUAACAAUUUUUGACAGAAUUUAUUACAGGACAAUUAAACUGUAGAAAUUUUAUGUUUGAUUGUACGUGCUGAAUGGUAUGUUAUUUUCCAAAACACUGAAACUCCUAAAAAUCAACCUGAGCACCAUAAUCUUGGCUCUAACACUGUAUGGGUUCCAGGUGAAGAAAACAUGGAUAUUGUGCUUGGCAUGACAUGUUCAAGAAUCCCAUUAUUCAACAAGAGUGUUUCUGGAUCAAGGAGAUAAUGAUCCCGAAUCAAUGUGUAGCUGAGCUAAUGUUGG